CACCAUACUCAUCAAGUUCAAAGCUGAUGGCAAGGCAGUAUGGUCAAAGUACAGUGACCACAACCUCCUCAGUCCCGACAACCACAUCAUUUGUAUCAGCUGGAACCUUAGAGGCGACUCUACCACUAACGGUCUUAUCCUAACAGGUUAUGGGCCCUGCAUGCUCCUAAAUUAUCAGAAGAUUAUUGGUUACACACAUAUCCCCUCAACUCAAUACAAAAGACUUAUUACCAUGUCUGGAAGUCACAAUAUUUCGAUUCCUUUCUCCUUGCCCAAGGAUCAGCACUGCUGUGGAUAUGAAAACUUCGCGAGCUGGAAAACACUUAUGAUCGCUCAUGGGAAACCCCAAGGAUACCUAAAAUACUGGGAGAACAGAGGUCUUUACACUCUCUGGUGUAUUCCAUAUGGAAUCCAUAUGGAAUGGGUGGAUUCCACCAUCAUUCCAUGGAUUCCAUAUGGAAUAUUUUUAUUCACUAUGGAUUCCAUAUGA